AUGCUGAGCCGCACGGUGUCCAACGUCAUCAGCUCCAUCGCCUUUGGCGAUUGCUUUGAAUACGAAGAUAAGGAGUUCGUCUCCCUGCUCAGCAUGAUGCUGGGUAGCUUCCAGUUCACUGCCACCUCUUGGGGACAGGUAAAUUGGAGGGGAGGGGAGAGGGAGAGCACAUGGGAUGAGGCCAUGGAAACAAGGAGAGUUGCCCCUUUCCCCUGGUCCUGAAAGAAUCUAAGAUCUCCACAAGCAACAGUGCUUGGGAGUAGCUGAGAAAAAGCUAUUGACCAUUGUUGAGGCACGUUGCUCACUUGGAGCUCUCCGUGGUGCUGCAACUCCUGAUCUGCCUUGCUGCUUGGCCAGGUCUGACUGGAGCAAGUUUAGAAUGUUGCCGCCAAUUCCAUAUAGUCCAUCAACUUGGCGGAAAUGACUGGCAAGAUCCGAGACCAGGGAGAAGAGUCCGUGGAAGAAGAUUGGAAAAAGUUUAAAGACUAUUUAUAGAAAUAUUGUAAAAUUAAGGAACGUUAGAAAAACGAUGGAAUGAAGUUAUAUGGCUUUAGUAGAAAUGUCAUAAGGAAUUAAGUAUAAAUAGAUUAAUAGAAAAUUAAAGGAAAAAUAAGGCAAGAAUGUGUUAAGAUAAUUAUAGGAUAGAAAACAGAGUAAGAUGAAAAGGAAUUGCUGAAACAAUUAAUAGAAGUGGAACACAAAAAGGGAGGUGUGAGGAGGUCGCUGGAAAUAAGUGAAUGAAAUAUAAGAUAUUGAAAAUGUUUGAGGUGUUUUUAAAUUGUUUUUGUUUGAUAUAAUAUUUAUUCCAAAUUUAAAAUCACAGAAAAAAAGAAAAACCAUACAGAGUACAAAGAAAACUUUGACCAUAACAAAGCAAAAAAUAAACAAGUAAAAAGAACAAUGAGAUAGAAUGAAAAAGAAAACUUAACAAAAAAUAUAAAAAUGUAUUAAGUUAAAAAUAAAACAAAAACAGGUUAAACCUUUACAUAUCCUUUUCCCUUUACUUAUUUCCAUUGACCUCCUCUCACCUCCCAAUUUUGUAUUCUUGUUCAAAUCGUAUUUCCAGCAAAUCCCUCUAAUCUUAUUUUCAUUUACGUAUUUUAAGAUUGAAGUAAUAUAAUUAAACCUCCUCUAUUUCAUCAAAUUCAUCAACUCAUUUUUGCUUAGUCCAUUAUAUCAUAUCUACCAGAACGACCUAAUAUUCUUUUUCCAACCUCCUUCUAACAUUCUUUUAUAUUGCAAUACUUUUGAAGAUAUAUUUUGAAUUUUUUCCAAUCUUCUUCCAUCGACCCUUCUCCCUGGUCUCGAAUUCUGCCGGUCAUCUCAGCCAGUUCCAUAUAGUCCAUCACUUUCAUCUGCCAUUCUUCUCGGGUGGGCAAUUCUUGUGUCUUCCAGUACUUCCCGAUGAGUAUUCUUGCUGCUGUUGUAGCAUACAUAAAGAAAGUUCUAUCCUCCCUUCGCACCAAUUGGCCGACCAUGCCCAGAAGAAAGGCCUCUGGUUUCUUCAGAAAGGUAUACUUAAAUACCUUUUCAGUUCAUUAUAUAUCAUUUCCCAGAAAGCCUUAAUCCUUGGGCAUGUCCACCAAAGGUGAAAAAAUGUACCCUCCGUCUCUUUACAUUUCCAACAUUUACUAUCUGGCAAAUGAUAGAUUUUUGCUAGCUUGACUGGGGUUAAGUACCACCUGUAAAUCAUUUUCAUUAUAUUUUCUCUUAAGGCAUUACAAGCCGUAAAUUUCAUACCUGUGGUCCAUAACUGUUCCCAGUCAGCAAACAUAAUAUUAUGUCCAAAAUCUUGUGCCCAUUUAAUCAUAACAGAUUUAACCGUUUCAUCCUGUGUAUUCCAUUUCAACAGCAAGUUAUACAUUCUUGAUAAAUUCUUAGUUUUAGGGUCUAACAAUUCUGUUUCCAAUUUUGAUUUUUCCUCCUGGAAACCAAUCUUUUUAUCUAAAUUAUAAGCCUCCCUUAUUUGAUAAUAAUGAAGCCAGUCUCGGACUUUAGUUUUUAAUUUGUCAAAACUCUGCAGCUUUAGUUUAUCUCCAUCUUGUUCUAAAAUUUCACAAUAUUUUGGCCAAUUUGUCUCCAUAUUAGUUUUUUUCAGAGCCUUAGCCUCCAUUGGUGACAGCCACCUUGGUGUUUUACUUUCCAACAAAUCCUUAUAUCUCACCCAGACAUUAAACAAUGCUUUCCUGACAAUAUGGUUCUUAAAGGCCUUGUGUGCUUUAACCUUGUCAUACCAUAAAUAUGCAUGCCAUCCAAAGACAUUGUCAAAACCUUCUAAGUCCAAAAUGUCCGUGUUUUCAAGAAGCAGCCAAUCUUUCAGCCAGCAAAAUGCGGCUGAUUCAUAAUAAAGUUUAAGGUCUGGCAGGGCAAAUCCACCUCUUUCUUUAGCAUCAGUUAAAAUCUUAAAUUUUAUUCUUGGCUUCUUGCCCUGCCAGACAAAUCUCGAAAUAUCUCUCUGCCAUUUCUUGAAACAGUCCAUCUUGUCCAAAAUCUGCAAUGUUUGAAACAAAAACAACAUCCUAGGCAAUACAUUCAUCUUUAUCGCAGCAAUUCGGCCCAACAAUGAUAACUUCAAUUUUGACCAUAUUUCCAAAUCCUUCUUUACUUCUAUCCAACAUUUUUCAUAAUUAUCUUUAAAUAAAUUCACAUUUUUAGCAGUCAUGUGAACCCCUAGAUAUUUCACUUUCUUGAGCAAUGUUAAUCCUGUCUCCUUCUGAAACCUCUCUUUGUUUUUGUUUGUUUUUGCUUUGUUUUGUUAGUCCAUGUAGCGUUUUUGUAUUGUAUUUGUAUUGUUUUUUCUCUUUUCUUUUUUGUUUGUAGUGUUGUGUUGAAAAUGUUGAAAAAGUAAUAAAUAUCAUUAAAAAAAAAAAAGUUUAGAAUGUUGCUUCGGCCUCACAUGAUCCCAGAUUGAGCUGUUGAGGCUGCUAGCACUGUAAGAAAUUCCUUCUCACCCUCUGAGUCCUCCUCCAAGUCUCCAUCCUUAUCCCCAAAAGAGGAGACGUCAUGUCUGUUACAGCUGAUAGCUUAGUCAGCAGUUGAUGCCAAGUUCUAUCUGGAGUCAGGAAUUCCAGCUGCCUGUUCUGUUCUUCUUAGAGAGAGACUUUCUGAGUCUGUCUUUUUUCUAGUCCCUUCCAAACUUCCAUGAUAUGUUUCCAACUUCCACAGACCUUCACCUCAGCUUCACUUUGUGCAAUAUCUGUUUUCUCUCCCCUCACCCUCUGAAACCAACACAAACAGCUCUAUGACAUGUUCUCGGGCGUCAUGCAGUACCUGCCUGGCCCACAACCUAAAGCCUUCAAGCAGCUCUUAGGGUUGGAGAAGUUCAUCAUGGAGAAGGUAAAAGACCACGAGGAGACCCUGGACCCAAAUGCCCCUCGGGAUUUCAUUGACUGCUUCCUGGUGAAAAUGCAGCAGGUAUGAUGAUUUCAUUCUAAGUAUUGUGAUCAAAGUAUUUGUCUGAAAGGAAAUUAGGAUCCCUGGAACGAAGCCACCUUUUCAACACUACUCAACUGUCCCUUCAUCCUCAAUUGUUUAAUCGUGACAUCACUGCAGCUUAACCAAUCAGCAGGAAAGAACAAGCUUUGAAUAAUAAUAAUAAUAAUUUAUUAUUUAUACCCCGCCCAUCUGGCUGGGCCUCCCCAGCCACUUUGGGCGGCUUCCAUAGAAACCAAAAAUACACUAAAAUAUCAUGCGUUAAAAACUUCCCUGAACAGGUGUCUGCCUGUCAAGUAGUUGUCUAUCGCUGACAUCUGCUGCAGGGCGUUCCACAGGGCGGGCGCCACUACCGAGAAGGCCCUCUGCCUGGUUCCCUGUAGCUUUGCUUCUUGCAAUGAGGGAACCGCCAGAAGGCCCUCGGCGCUGGACCUCAGUGUCCGGGCUGAACGAUGGGGGUGGAGACACUCUUUCAGGUAUACUGGACCGAGGCCGUUUAGGGCUUUCAAGGUCAGCACCAAUACUUUGAAUUGUGCUCGGAAACGUACUGGGAGCCAAUGUAGCUCUUUCAAGACCGGUGUUAUAUGGUCUAGGCGGCUGCCCCCAGUCACCAGUCUAGCUGCCGCAUUCUGAAUUAGUUGUAGUUUCCGGGUCACCUUCAAAGGUAGCCCCAUGUAGAGCACAUUGCAGUAGUCCAAGCGGGAGAUAACCAGAGCAUGCACCACUCUGGCGAGACAGUCCGCAGGCAGAUAGGGUCUCAGCCUAUGUACCAGAUGGAGCUGGUAAACAGCUGGCUGCCCUGGACACAGAAUUGACCUGUGCCUCCAUGGACAGCUGUGAGUCCAAAAUGACUCCCAGGCUGCGCACCUGGUCGUUCAGGGGCACAGUUACCCCAUUCAGGACCAGGGAGUCCUCCACACCUGCCCGCCUCCUGUCCCCCAAAAACAGUACUUCUGUCUUGUCAGGAUUCAACCUCAAUCUGUUAGCCGCCAUCCAUCCUCCAAGCGCCUCCAGACACUCACACAGGACCUUCACCGCCUUCACUGGUUCUGAUUUAAAAGAGAGGUAGAGCUGGGUAUCAUCUGCAUACUGAUGAAGACAUAUGAGGACCAGAUUUUAGCCUCUACUCACAUAUAAUCUAUGAAGCAUCCCCCAUUACUAUUUUCCUUCUGACUUAGGAUAAGAAAAACCCAAACACAGAGUUCUUUGCAAGGAAUCUGGUUAUGACAACCCUCAACAUCUUCUUCGCUGGCACAGAAACGGUCAGCACCACCUUGCGCUAUGGCUUCCUGCUUCUGCUGAAAUACCCGGAGGUUGAAGGUGACUGCGGAAGGGGGAGAAAAAUAGGGUGGAGAGAUGUGUCCUUGCCUUUCUAUGGAAAGCUCCCUCUUUGCUUUCCCAGCUAUGAGCUGGGAUCCUUCUUUAGCUCCCUGGAAAGUGCAAAUAGCACUUUUGGUCUCAUCCUGCUGAUUUCUCAACAGAGAAAGUCCACGAAGAGAUUGAACGGGUGAUUGGCUCGAAUCGCACUCCCAACAUGGAUGACCGUCCCCUGAUGCCCUACAUGGAUGCUGUGAUCCACGAGAUCCAGAGAUUUGGUGACAUGCUCCCCUUGGGAGUAGCAAGACGUGUGACCCGUGAUACCCAGUUCCGGGGAUACAACCUUCCCAAGGUACGAUGGUUCUAUUAGUUCCUGUGGCUCAGACCCUUUGGUACAAUUUCCAGAUACACUUUGUGGCUCAGCGAAAUUCCCCAAGCACUCUGUCUUGUUAGUGUGUCAGCACCGACUCUUGGGGAUCCUUUUCUUUGUCUCAGCACAGUUCCUCAUAAAUUUGCCUGUGUCUUCACAACAUCAGGAGUCCAGCCCUUUCCGGUUCAAUUCCCAUUACAGGAAUAGACACCUCAGUCAUCCAGUUAUUCUCCUGAUGUAUUUAUCGUUCGCAAGUUGCAUUACACUACUGGUCUACAUGAAAAAUAAAAAACAGAACUACAAUGGUACCUCAGGUUAAGUACUUAAUUCGUUCCAGAGGUCUGUUCUUAACCUGAAACUGUUCUUAACCUGAAGCACCACUUUAGCUAAUGGGGCCUCCUGCUGCCGGAGCACGAUUUCUGUUCUCAUCCUGAAGCAAAGUUCUUAACCCAAGGUACUAUUUCUGGGUUAGCGGAGUCUGUAAUCUGAAGCAUAUGUAACCUGAAGUGUAUGUAACCCAAGGUACCACUGUAUAUACUUCUUGAGUUAGAGUGGCGUCCGGCACACUUCCCUGUGCCUCUGAGCUUUCAGACAUCUUCCUGGCUCCAAGCAGAGUUUCGCAGCAGCGGUGUGUGCCUUGUUUAGGUGCAAUAAAUCACAGUCCGUACGCACGCUUCUUUCUAAUCUAAAGAGGCUUUAUUUACGUACAGCAUAGCAAAAUAAAUAAGCCGGGAGAUCGAGCAGACAUCCUCCCGGUUCCUCAGCGGAAAGAGAAAAGUAACUCACACACAAAGAAAGAUUCCCCUAUGUGAACAAACCACGCCCCAGUAGGCAGGGACAAUACACAGAACUGUUUAACUCUAAGUUCUGAUUCUCCUCACAAUACAGAUCUCUGCUCUCUUCAGCCAUCCUGCCAAAGAGACAGUCUUUCACAUAUUCAUGCAGUCACAAUGACCACUGCAUGCCCUGAUAGGGACACCAGCUGCAGGGGAGAAUUAUUGGUGCUUAGCAGAGGCACCACAUCAAGGGUAGUGUCCCAGAAAUGAGGAACUGUCAUUGAAAAGACCCUGCCAGGGGUCACAGCCCCCAGUAGGCCACUUUGAGAACUGUGCUAGAUGGACAAUUUCUUCAGUCAGAAGCAGGCACCACAGAGUUCAAUGGCAGUCUUUGGAGAAACUAUGUAUAGCAGGUAUGGAUGCUGGGGUGGCCUGGCAAUAUUCCCUUGUUCUCCUGGCAUCGCUGUGGCUUAGCAGGAGGGGCGAGGCAGCUGCGAGGUCAGCGCUGUGCAGAUACGCCAGCAGAAGGACCACAUAGGCUGCUCUGGUGUUUCCACAGAGCACCAACCUCCCUGCUGACUCACCCCACCCACCGUCCCCCCCACGUGGCACCAGUCGCAAUGCCUCUGCCAGCCCCAUUGGCUGCUUGCAAGGCAGAGGACCAGAGUUGUGCUAACGCUCAUAAAUGGCGUCUUACACUAUGCGACAUUGCUGCUCUUUCUGGGAUCAGGGUAUGUUUAUCUAAAGUGAUAGGGACAUGGGUGGCACUGUGGGCUAAACCACAGAGCCUAGGACUUGCCGAUCAGAAGGUCGGCGGUUCGAAUCCCCAUGACGGGGUGAGCUCCCGUUGCUCGGUCCCUGCUCCUGCCAACCUAGCAGUUCGGAAGCACGUCAAAGUGCAAGUAGAUAAAUAGGUACCGCUCUGGCGGGAAGGUAAACGGCGUUUCUGUGUGCUGCUCUGGUUCGCCAGAAGCGGCUUAGUCAUGCUGGCCACAUGACCUGGAAGCUGUACACCGGCUCCCUCGGCCAAUAAAGCGAGAUGAGCGCUGCAACCCCAGAGUCGGUCACGACUGGACCUAAUGGUCAGGGGUCCCUUUACCUUUUAUCUAAAGUGAUGGAUUGCCACACUUGCUUGUAUUUGUGGACUUUCUGGGGGUUGGCAUGGCUAUGAUAAGCUCCUGUGCUUCAGAACUGACCACUGCACCAAUUGGCCUGGUGUUGAAAUCUCCCAUUUCUCCUGUAUCUUCUCAUUUCUCUUCCUUUCUGGGGGGACUGAAGGAACUGAAGUGUUUCCCAUGCUCGGGUCUGUGCUGAGAGACGCCCAACACUUUGCAAGACCAGAUGUUUUUGACCCCCAACAUUUCCUGGAUGAGAAUGGGCAGUUCAAGAAGAAUGAGGCUUUUAUGCCUUUUUCUGUUGGUGAGUCAGUCGCCUUCCUUUUCCAGGCACUCCUAAACCAUCUCUAAUGGCACCCUCAGAAGAUGUCUUUUCCUUCUUCCUCUUUCCUAGGGAAGCGCUAUUGCUUGGGGGAGAAUCUGGGCCGGAUGGAGCUUUUCCUCUUCUUCACCAGCAUCCUGCAGAACUUCCACUUAA